AUGCCGCAUCCGAAGAUCGAUGAACAGGCAAGGGCCUCAAUGCACGAAGGCGGAGGCGUGGCUGCUUCAGGGGAGGAGCCAAAAGGGCUGCUCUAUACAAACCUGAAGGAUCCUUCUGGACUUGCAGACCUCCUCCUGGAUGAGAGGGUAGACAUUCGCCUGGUGCGGGGAACGUGCCUGAAAGCCCUCGACAGGGAGAAGCAGACUUUCAUCCGUCGCCAAGAGUUGGAACACCAUCCGAGGUACCGGGAUGCUUUCGUCACGCGCGAAGAGUUACAGAAGUGGAAGGAAGACAAAGCAUAUCGCAACAAGGUUCGGAUCAUCGGUGUCUCUCACGUGUGGGAAACCAGAGAGCAUCCUGACCCCAGAGGUAAUCAACUGGCGCUGAUCGCCCGGGCGCAGUUUUGGCAUGACCGGUACUCUUGGUAUUUCUUGGACUACAUGUCGGUUUAUCAGUUCUACCGCACAACUGUCCAUCAGAACAGGAGCUUUCAAUACACGAUGAUGCACAUGCACUUCUUUUACACGCACGAGUGCACAUGGACCUACCGGAUUGAAGACCUGACCCCGUUUGAAGAAGCUGAUCGACAGAUGCAAGUUCAAGUAUUCUUCACCGAGACAGGGAUUCCCGACGACGGAAAGGUAGAAGUACGGCCUUUUGCAGAUCUCAAGGAGAACAGCACACCCUACUCUCGGCGGGGUUGGUGUGAGGCUGAGAGCCAGUGGUCGAGCAUGCGGAGCAACUCUCGACAAACAGUCUCGCUGUCUUUCGUAAGUCCGGAGACCUGGACCAGGGCUCCCAUGGCACCUGCUGUCUUUCAAGCAAAAGUGUCGAAUAGCGAGCUUCUGUUUACGCACCAAGACAGCGCUGAGGCCGUGAAGGAAUUGCAGGAACGUGUAUUCAUGGAGAAGGCGGUGGAGAACAUGAUGCUGCAGAUGUCCGUCUUGCCCCCUCGCGAACUUCCGAUCCUCGCUGGCGCGCUGCCGCUGUACAAGAACCUGAAGGUCUUGCGGAUAAGCAACAGCCAGGUUGACUGUCAGGGUGCGGAGGCCUUAUCCACCGUGUUGACGAUGUCAGAGCUUCAUUUCAACAAGCUUCGCAUCUCCGGGGACGCAGUAUGCAAGCUGGCUUCGGGCUUGAAGGGCAACAGUGCAGUGUUGAAGGUGGCACUCACUGAAUGCCUGGUGGAUGAAGAAGGUGCAGCAGGUCUGGCAGAUGCGCUCGCAUGCAAGGAGACCAGACUGGAAUCACUAGAUCUGUCUCGCAACGUCAUUGGGUGCACAGGAGCCAAGCACCUCUCCGAUGCCUUGAUCCACAACAGCUUCCUGCAAAAACUCGACCUGAGCUUCAACUCCAUUGCAGAUGAAGGGGCAGCCAGCUUUGUUUCCCUCUUUGAGCCGGUUGCCUUGCAAGAGCUUUGCCUCAAUCACAACUGCUUCGGUUCAAAGGCACUUGCCAUCAUGCAGACUGAGCGGAACAAGAGCCUGAGGAGACAUGGCCAGGUCCAUCUCAACAUCAGAUGCGCCGGCGGCCCCUCCAUGUGGAUUUUGGAAGAGUACGUCUUUUUGACAUUGCUUGUUGACAGUCUAGUGUUUGGGGGAUGCCAUAUAGUCUUACCAAUAGUGGCCUUCACUGACUAUUUCCUUCCCAGAGGGCCAGAAAACCCGCCGGCUGGAGACUACGAACUUCUACAGGUUUGGCUUGCUGUCCCGAGCAUUCUGCUUGUUGCGGCGCCAGCUGUUUAUAUUCUUUUUACAAUUAUCCAGGAGGUCUUUUGCAAGCAGCGCACGGCUGACCUGUGUUUUUUGGAAAUCUGGGCAAGGAUCUUGAUGUGCUACUCGGCAGUUUGGCUGCCUGCAAUGCAAGUGCACACCCUUCUGGAGCGUCCGCCGAGCGACCAGCAGGGGUCCACUUUCGCUGCAGUCAUUCCAUACACGCUCGUGUUGACAGCCCUCUUGGUGGUCCAGGCAUUGGUCGUUCUGUUUCACCCCACCUUUCGUGCUAUAUUUCGGGUGUUCCUUCGCAAGUUUCUGAAGCUCUGA